AUGGCUACCGACAUGAAGCCGCGCGUGUUGCGCAAGGGCAAGCAACUGCAGCUAUGCUACGACCUUCCGCAGCGCGUCAAUGUCGCAAAAAUCUACCCCAAGACCGCCCCGAACGGCUCCACCGUCGUCAUCUAUGGCCACAGCAAUGGGCUGCGCGUGAUAUGGAGGGGCGGCCGCUCGCUGAAGCGCAAGUCUGCCUCCACCGGCGACAGCCAGCCCAAGGUCAAUGGCACCUCAAAUGACGCCGUCAUGGUCGACCUCACCGACGACGAGCCCUCGCAAGCGCCACCCACAAUUAUCGACGAUGACGUCGAAUUUGAGUCGGAAGAGGAGGAGGAAGAUGAGGCAGAGCCAUACCCGCCCGUAGUCCAGCACCUUGACCUCCCGCUGGGUACCGAGGUUCUUUACAUGUCAUUUCCCCAGGUUCCGUCCAUAUCCCCCUAUCGGCCGGCCAACCUCAUUCCGCCCAUAUUCAAUGAGAGGAUAGUGCUUUCUGUCGCCUGUGCAGACUCUAGCGUACGCGUUGUUACGCUCCCACUCACGCCUCCGUCUCAGGCUCGCAAGGCGGUAGAACGCAGCAAGAGCAAGGCGCCCUACGGCGAACAAGUGCUCCGUAUUGAGGGUCAGCAUGGCCAUCAGUCAAUACCCCGUGGCAUUACCAUGACAUGGAGCUCACGCACCUCCGACACCUUCCCCGAGGACAUCAAUAUGGAUGCGGAUGCCUCCGAUGACGAUGACGACACGGAGAGCUUGCGCUCACGGAGAUUGAUUCAAAGCGAUGAGCCGCUGGAAUGGGAUCUGAUUGUGGCUUCUCACUCCGUUGAAGUUACUGGACUGCUCCACAUCUUCCGCAUCCCCCUCGUUCUGAAAGACAGCCAAUUCUCUUUCACCACCGACCCAAUUUUCCCGUGGCAGACACAAUACCUUUCCGCUCCUGCCACCCGCGUUCACUUCAGUUCUUCUCAAUUUCCCAGUCCUCGCCAUCUUCAACUACUUGUUGCCGACUCCAAGGGUUCUGUUAAGAUAUAUGAUCCACUGGCACCACCGCGAGCACGACCACGAUCUGCUGGUAGAGAUGUCGUCAUUGAGCCCAAGCCUGGGGCGUGGAUCGCGUCAUUCUCGACAAGCUUCGAAGUUCCAAAACACAUUAAAGUCUCGAAUCCUUACCUGGCCCGGAGGAAAGCCAUCCUCGACGCCAAGUGGGCGUCUGACGGCAAGAGUAUCGUUGCACUGCUGUCUGACGGAGAAUGGGGCGUCUGGGCUUUGGAUGGUGCCAGCACGGCUCGUAACGCCUCCACAAAGCCUGUGUCGACAUUUGCACUCCGCGGCUACGUGAGCAGCUCUGAACCUAAGGCUUCUGCAGCUACAAAUCUUGCUCAGGCCAAGCCCAGCAACAAGUCUCUGACUCUCGCGCCGAUGACUCCCAAUACCCGCCGGACACGCGAAGACACGCUUUUCCACGGCCCCAUCACUCCCAACACGACCGACUCGUCCCACGGUGGCAUUUCCAUUUCCAGCUCAUUUUCCCCUUCGAACGGCCAGGCCGAGGACUCGAUCGUCCUCUUCUACGGCGACGACAUGUACCGCAUCCCCAACCUGCAGCAAUUCUGGGGCCGCAGCACGCACAGCACCGGAAGCGGCUCCCUCUACGGGCCCGGCCUCACCCGCGUUGAGGGCGCUUCGCUCUACGGCGAGCCUGUGACGGACGUCGAGCAGUUCGGCAAGCCCAAGGGCGCCGCCGCCCGCAUGGGCGUGCCGCGCGACCUGCUCGUCGUCGGCGAGCGCCGCAUCGUCGUCCUCGCCACCAUCAGCCCCGAGGCCAAGACGGGCGGCAACCUGUUCGCCAAGGACCUCGACGCCACGGAUCGCCCCGACCGCAUCGACCAGGACCUGCUCAAGCGCGGCGAGCUCGACAUCGGCGGCAUGGACCGCCUGCUCGACAGCAUGGCCUCUGGCCCUGGCGCCGCUGGUGGUCCUCAAGGCCCGUUGCGUCUCGGCAAUGGCCCUGCUGCGCAGAAUGUGAGGAGAGUUGGCUUCGCAGGCCUGAGCAGCCUUGGCUCGUCGAGGUGA